AUGAAAGGAUGGUCCACUCCACAAGAUGAAGCGAUUAAACCGUUUUACCAGCGGAAAGACGAACUGACAGUUCACUGUGGUGUCGUAAUGCUUGGACACAGAGCAUUCAUUCCUGCAAAGUUGGUAAUCAAGUGUUAACCGAGCUUCACGAAGGUCACCUCGGAAUUGUUAAAAUGAAGUCUCUUGCGGCGAAGUUACAUUUGGUGGCCCAAAAUUGAUAAGGACAUUGAGCACCUAGCCAAGAGCUGCCCUGGUUGUCAACAUCAACAGAAUGAAGCCGCCAAAGUACCACUACACCCUUGGGAAUGGCCAACCACACCUUGGCAGAGAAUCCAUUUAGAUUUUGCUGGGCCGUUCCUAGGACGAAUGUUCCUUAUCAUUGUAGAUGCACACUCGAAGUGGCCUUAAGUGGAAAUAAUGCCAUCCACCACAUUCGACGCAGACUAUUGACCGACUCCGAACUAUUUUUGCCCGAUAUGGAGUGCCAGCACAGGUGGUGACCGACAAUGGGCCACAAUUUACAUCCGCAGAGUUCCAACUAUUUUUGAAGACUAAUGGUAUCAAGCAUAUUACCACGGCCCCAUUCCACCCUGCAACCAACGGUCAAGCGGAACGUUUUGUUCAGAGUUUCAAACAUGCUAUGAAAUGCGAGAAACAAAGUGCAUCCCAGCUGAAAACCAAUAUGGCAAAGUUCCUUUUGGCUUACCGGAAUACCCCGCAUUCGACGACUGGAGAAUCACCGUCCGUGUUGUUUUUGGGCAGACCGCUACGGACUCGCCUCGAUUUGGUGAAACCUGAUUUACAAAGGAAAGUGAUGAACAGGCAAAUCGAUCAAGCGGGGAGGAAAGGACAUUCCCCCACACGUCAGUUAUCCAUUGGUCAGACUGUCAUGGCACGUAACUACAGUGGGAAAGACAAGUGGCUACCAGGCAUAGUUCGAGCUCAAACGGGAUCCCUUUCGUACGAGAUAAAAGUUGGUCCAAAUCGAAUUUGGCGACGUCACAUCGACUAGCUUCGAGCCUCUAGUGUGAAAGUAAAUGACCAGAGUGAUGAUACGGCUGAACCUCAUCCAGAGCUCGGAGAGACUGGCCAGAAUAUUGCAACAGCAGAAGAAAUUGUCGCAGAGCCGGAUAUCGAACUAGCCACGAAUCCACCAGUAGUGCAACAACAAGAAGCCGGUAGGGCUACAACAGGAUCUGAACAACGCUACCCAACUAGAUCACACCAACCACCCGAGAGGUGGGGUCUUAACUGUUUGAUCCGAAAACUGUUUAAGAAAACUACAUAGAGAACCGCUUUAUUACUUACUGUUAUGGUUAGCACAAUUGUUCGAACACGAUAGUGAACUCAUCAACAAUAUUUUAUGAUACUUUCCUUAAGAGGAGAGAUGGUGUUAGAUAUAUAGAUAUAGACGGACAGCGGUCAUACGCACGGACAUACGCAUUAGAUAUGUAGAUCGGCCAUGCUUAUGUAUUAUUCAUAUUUUGUUAAAAGUAUAAUCUAAAUACACGACAAUGUCUUACUGAGUACUUGUCCCAUUACCUAUUUUACACCAACUAAGUAACAAAUUAAAUGUUGGAGGGGGUCCUACAUUUCUAAAUGAAGGUGGGGGCAUCUUGAAAAUAAAGGUCUUGCGAUUGGGGUGCCUCUAAAAAAUGUUCAAUAUUUGGUAUUUAUGUAAUAUACAGGGUGUCCCAAAAAACCCGCAAAACCACUGAAAUAACGUACUGUUCAAAUUUGAAUGCCCUAGCACUAGGCUGAACGCAAAGAUACGUAACUAAUAUUGACAAGGGUGCAGUAUAUUAAAUAUUGACUUAUUAAGAAAUUAAAAAAUCUUUGUAAAGCGCACUUUCUGCUCUUGGGAAUUAAAAAACCGAGCUUCUUAAACGGUUUCUUUAUGCAUAAAAUUUACUUACGUCAAGCUUUGAUGCACGUGUGCGUUCAGCAGAGUGCUGAGGCAUUCAAAUUCUAACAAUACGUUAUUUCAAUAGUUAUCGUUUUUUUAGGACAACCUGUAGUGGAAUAUAAACAAGGACAAGUUAAAGGUCUGACAGUUUGACUACACAACGUAGUUUUAGUUAACAAAAUCUCCUAAUUCCUUACGAUAGUUUUAGUCAAAUGUCGACCAUAUGUCAACAUACCUUACAUGUAUUAAAAUUCGCGCGGUACUAGAAUUCACGGCAGCGCUGGGUGCGCAAAUUUUAGUUCUGCGCGAAAUAUAAUCCGCGCGAAAAGCUUUGUCCCCGAGCCGACGGCGCGAAGCGCCGUGCGAGGGUACUAAUUCCCCCCGGCUAUUUACACCCGGGGAAACGAAAGCAUUAGGAAGUCUAAAGUUCAUCAAUUAUCGCGGGCGUGGGUGACCAACGAUGGGUGGUCAUCCUCACUGAUCUCAAAAAUAUGGCGGACUGUCAUGAAUAGCGGACACUGAUUGGUCCAAUUUAAAGUUUGAUGUUAACAAGCGAGAUAUUAAGAAUACGAAACAAUCUCGAUAUGUAAAUUUUAAUAAUUUAAUUUAUGUCAAUUGUACAAAGGAACAAAAGACUUAUUUUAUGCCUAUCAACUUUUGUCUGUUGAACACCAGAUCAAUAAAUAGGAAAGAACUUUUUAUUAAUGACUAUGUCUCUGAGAACGAUAUUGAUAUUCUGGCAAUGACUGAGACAUGGUUACGUGAGGAUGAUAACGAAUUUUCUAUUGCUGAAAUCUGCCCAACAGGGUAUCACUUUUACCACGUUACAAGGAAAAAUGCACGAGGUGGAGGAGUUGGUCUCUUACUGAAGAAAUAUAUUAAAGCCAAAAAACAAUCCCAGAGAAAAUUCUCUUCUUUUGAAUAUAUUGAUGUCACCUUGAACUACCGUAACACUUGCACCAGAACGAUUGUCAUUUAUAGACCACCGCCAUCGAAGACUAACAAACUAAGCAGUUCAGUAUUUUUUGAAGAAUUCUGCAUACUUGUAGAACAGUUGAUCAUAUUACCUGGCAAUAUAUUAAUAGCAGGAGACUUUAAUUUUCAUGUAGAUAACAUUACAGAUCCAGAUACUACUAAACUCAACAGGAUACUGCAAUCGUUUAAUUUACAACAGCACGUCAAUGGGCCAACGCACACGAAAGGCCACACUUUAGAUUUGAUUAUAACAAGGAAUGAAGAUAAAUUAGUGACUGGUAUCAGAAUACAUGAUCCAGUAAUAUCGGAUCAUCUUGCCAUACAUUGUACAUUAAAAUUAGAGAAACCACCAUUGGAGCAAGCUGAAAUUUACUAUCGAAAAUUAAACAAUGUAAACAUGAAUAGUUUCAAUGAAGAUCUAAAAGUGCUAGAUUUAGAUGAUGAUUAUGAUCUCCCAGUCCUUAUUGAUAAAUAUGAAAAUACGCUGAAAGAAACAUUACAGCAACAUGCCCCACAAAAACGACGAAUUAUAACUCUCCGUCCUCUAUCACCAUGGUACAAUGAAGAGAUUGGUCAAGAAAAAAGAAAUCGCAGGAAAUUAGAGCGCCGCUGGCGCGCAUCUGGAUUAUCUAUUGACAGACAGUUAUAUGUUAAACAAUGUGAGACAGUGAAUGCCAUGAUAAAGAAUGCUAAGACAACAUACUAUUCAUCGGUUAUUUCUAGCAAUGCACAUAAUCAGAAAGUGUUAUUUAGUACGGUUGAUAAAUUACUCCAUCGAAAGUCAGAAAAGCACUAUCCAACUGCGUCAUCAACCACAGAACUCGUGAAUAAAUUUGCAGAUUUCUUCA